ACUCCUCGGUGCUCCGUAGCAUUUCCACCACCAGCACGCUCCCACGGCACUUCCACCCCGAAAGAUAACCCCGCGCCGCGCCGCGCCGCCGCACCAGCACGCCGGGCAGGCAGGCAGGCACGGCCAUCUUCUUCGUCCUCUCCUCCUCCAAUUCAAGGCGGCGCCCAAGUUUCCAGGGCCGCAGCCCGCGGGGCAGGGGGAUGUGGGGGCGGCACUACUGGGGCGGCGGGCGGCGUCCGGACCCGGCCGCCGCCGGCGUGGUGGUGAUGUUCGCGUGGCUGUCGAGCCAGGAGCGCCACGUGCGGGCGUACGUGGAGCUCUACGCGGCGCGCGGGUGGGCGUGCCUCGUCUGCCACUCCGACUUCCCCACCCUGUUUUUCCCCGAGAAGGCUGCUAUGCUUGCCGACAGGGUGCUUGGGGAGCUUGUCAAGGAGCUGAAGAUUAGACCUGUACCUGUUGCGUUCGCAUCGUUUUCAGGAGGGCCAAAGGGUUGUACGUACAAGGUUCUUCAGCUGAUAGAGCGAAGAUGUAAAGGGCAACUAAGUCUGGAUGAGUAUCAGCUUGUACGGGAUUGUCUGUGCGGGCAAAUGUACGACUCAAGUCCUGUGGAUUUUGUCAGUGAUUUAGGCACUCGCUUUCUCCUUGACCCAAGUGUCCUGAAGAUGUCUGAACCUCCUCGUGUCUUGUCAUGGAUGGCUAAGGGUGUUGCCUCAGGUCUCGACGCCCUAUUCAUAAACAAAUUUGAAGAACAACGUAAAGAUUAUUGGGAAACACUAUACUCAUCUGUGAAUGUUGGGCCAAUACUGAUACUCUGUUCAGAGGAUGAUCAACUUGCUCCAUAUUCGGUUGUUGAAAAUUUUGCCAAGCGUCUGCUGGAGCUUGGUGGUGAUGUGAACCUAGUUAAAUGGCACAGUUCUCCUCAUGUAGGCCACUACAAGUAUCACCCUGAGGAAUACCGAACUGCGGUGACUGAGCUACUCAUGAAAGCAUCGGCGCUUUACAUGAGCAGAAGACAACUUAACGGAUAUGAGGUGGGCACAAGUGAGCACAGCGACAUGCCUCCGUCCAUCUCCGAUCAGCGCAGAACUGCUGCAAGCUCUAACAACAGGCUAAGACGAGCACCGAUCGAUCCAAUGGAUCAGUUCUUCCUACCAAGCUCCAUGGAGUACCAUGAAAGCAGUGAGGGACCGAAGCCAGAGCUGUUCAACAUGCCAAGUGUGGAGAGCUUGAGCCUGCAUGGGGUGCUGGGGCAGGUGAUGUAUGAUGUAUGCGUUCCAAAAAACGUAGAAGGCUGGGACCUCAAGCCUUCUGCUUCGAGGCACAUGCAUACUGCUGCGCGUCGGCAUAGCAGCUUCAAUCCAAUGAAAUGUGUGCGGCGCUCGAGAUUGUGAAAAUUUUGACUGGAACAUUUGCAUGCAUACAGGUGAAUGUGUAUACUAUGAGAGAAUUUGUUUGGUGGAUGCUGGUGAAUCUUAAUAUAGCCACCAUCCAUCGAAUAAAAUGCGAAAUUUAAUUUUGUAAAUCUGAAGGAGUUGUGCACGUCUGUGUAUAUGAUAUGGCCACUUAUCUUAUUUUCCUCUGCCAAUAAAUGAAAUCUCCUUAUUAAUUUCUCUCA